CCACAUGUUCAGUGAAAUAGUGUUUGAUAUAAAUUUUAUUAGCAUAAGUAGAAUAGUGUGUUCAUUAUUCUUAUUAUAUAUAAUCCAACAAAUAAUUGUGAUAAAUCUAUAUAAAAAGAUUAGAAAUUAUUUUGUACCCAUUAUAGUUGAUAUUAAAGCGCCAGAAAACAUUAUUACAAAUGUUAAAGUCACCCAAAUAAACCAGAAUGUAAUUAAUAAUUUUAAAAAAACUUUUGCAUCAUCUGGUAUUAAAAUAUUUUAUGGAUCUCAAUCAGGAAAAACCAAGAAAUUUGCAGAAGAAUUAUAUUACAAAAUCAAAAAAGUUAGAAACGAGAUAUUAAAAAUCCCAAUCAAUAAUUCUAAUGAGUUAGUUAUUGUGGAUUUAAAUGAUUAUGAGCCAGAAUUAAUUUUGGAAGAGAAAAGUUUAUGCAUCAUAGUGAUCUCCACAUAUGUUGACGGAGAGAGUCCUGACAAUGCCAAAUGGUUCUGUGAAUGGCUGAAUCAAGCACCUGACGAUUUUAGAAUAGAUAGACAUGUCUUGAGGAAUGUUACAUUCACCAUCUUUGGUUGUGGGAACUCAUUAUACACUGGGAAUUUUAACAAAGUUGGACAAACUAUGCACCAAAAUCUAGCGACUUUAGGGGCUAAGCCACUGAUGCCAUUUUUCCCCGGCGAUGAAUAUAGAGAUUUGAAAGAUGAUUUCUCCAAAUGGAAUGAAUCACUGAUCGAUAUAAUUUGCAAUCAAUCUGAAGCUGAAGUUACAAUUCCCCAAUCAAAAAUAAACGAUGUUUUGACAUACAGCGUCAUUUAUAAUGCCAAAUCCCAUUCUUCCAAAGGUGAAAAUAACAAAAAGUUCUUCAAAAUAAAUUAUAAAAGUUCCGUUAGCCACGUCAACCACCAAAAGAUAGAUACGUUAAAUGGUAAGACGAUGUCUUGCAAAUCACCCAUCAACAUAAGUUCCCAGAAGGAGUUUUUGACCGAUCUGGAAGAUAUGGGAUCUAUGUUGGAAAAAAUUCAAAAAUCAUCUUCAAAGACGGAUGUCAAUAGUACCCUGAAAAUAAACUCAUCUAAGGCUGAAUUAGAUAAAAACCUCUCUAAUCCGUAUGCUGAGAUGAAACCUAUGUUAACUCCCGAAGCUAAAUCACGCCUCACUAAGCAAGGUUACAGGAUAGUAGGUACUCAUUCCGGGGUCAAGCUUUGUAGAUGGACCAAAUCGGCUCUUAGGGGGAGAGGCGGUUGUUACAAACACUCAUUUUAUGGGAUAGAUUCUUCCAGAUGUGUUGAGUCUACACCCAGCCUCGCCUGCGCUAAUAAAUGCGUUUUUUGUUGGAGACAUCAUUCUAAUCCCGUGGGCACAGAGUGGAAAUGGCAAAUGGACGAGCCUGACUUUAUUUUUAACGAGAUUAUCGCGCAACACAAAUCUAUGAUAAAGCAGUUCAAGGGAGUGCCAGGGGUAAUUCCCGAAAGGCUAAACCUAGCUCUUACGCCUAGGCAUUGCGCCUUAUCGCUCGUGGGAGAACCCAUAAUGUAUCCCAAAAUAAAUAACUACGUCCAACUUUUACAUAGAGCCGGAAUUUCUACUUUUCUCGUUACUAACGCUCAGUUUCCCGAUCAAAUUAUAAAUUUAGACCCUGUUACACAAUUGUACGUGAGCAUAGAUGCUCACGACAGAGAAAGCCUGAAAAAAAUUGAUAGACCACUUCACAAAGAUUUUUGGGAACGAUUUAUAGCAAGCCUAAAAGCUGUUUCUGAUUUCAAAGGUCUAACUAGAACUGUUUAUAGGAUGACCCUUGUCAAAAAAUGGAAUUUUAACGCCAAAGAUUAUCUAAUCGAUUUAACUGAUUUAGAUAGCAACAAUGCCAUAAAAGAUAAGGAAAAAUAUGUGUUAGAAGAUUAUGUUAAUAGGUUCGAGGAGGAUAUUAGAAACUAUAUCGAUUUGAUAGCUCUAGGACGACCCGAUUUCAUCGAGAUCAAAGGGGUAACAUUUUGCGGUACAUCUGGAAACGAACUAACCAUGAAAGAUGUUCCAUGGCAUACAGACGUCCUGAAUUUUGGAUUAACCCUAAUUCAAGCUUUGAAUCACCCUAUUAAUAACAAAAAUAGUAUACCAAGAUAUGAAUUAGCUUGCGAACAUGAACAUUCUAAUUGUGUUCUAUUGGCCGAUAAUAGGUUCAAAAUUGACGAAUCUUGGCAUACGUGGAUAGAUUAUGAUAAGUUCAUCACAAUGGUUUCACAAUAUUAUGAUACAAUUGCAAUAUCGGAACCCGAAAAUUUACAAGGAGUUAAUUUAGAUAACGCAAAAAAAAUACCUCAAAACUAUACAAUUACACCUUUGGAAAAAGCCAGAGUUAAUAUUGAUAAUACAAUUUCAAACAAAUUAAAAAAAAUGAAAAGUUUAAUUAAUUCUCUUGAAUACUCCUGUCCAACUCCUUGGUGGAGUCAAAUGGGGGCUGAGGAGCGAGGUUUUGAUCCUGGAGAAAACAGAAUUACAGGACAAAAAAGAUCUCAGACAAGACUUGAUAAAUCUAUAAAAGAAUAAAUUGAACUAUAAUAAAGAUGUUUGUACAAUGUUUAUUAUCCUAUUUAUAAACUGUAAUUUUAA